GAAUGAAGGAUUGUGACAUUAGAUCUUACAGCAUUCUGUAACACAUAAAAAGCAUCUGAAAGCAGCACUGUUCCUCUUUUCCUGUCCCUUUCCGGAUCUUCACAAAGGGUGAGUGUUUUUCUCUCUUCUCAACCUGGAGAUUUACAGAUUGUGACAAAGAGUGGUUCUCACAUACCUGCGCAUGCACCUCCCAAGGGCCCAGUCUGGUAGGUCGCACCAAAGUGGUAUCGUUUUUGCUCUCCACUGACUCUUUGGGAUAGUGAUUGGGGCCUGACGUUCUAGCUCCUGAAAACUAGGAGGGAGCCCCAGGUGCUGUUAGGGCUCAGUUGGCUCAUUUCACACAGGCUGUCCGUUUGUUCAUCAUUCAUUCAGCAGUAUUUACCGAACAUCCACUUUAUAUCUGACACAGGAAACAGAGAGACGAAUUGAGGGGCUUAGGCCACCAGGGAGAGACCACGUGUGGACAGAUCACGUACAACCAGGGGUUCCAAGAACUCUGGCAUGAGGCAUCAGACAAUUCUGGGCUUUCUUCUUCAUCUCAUCUCAUACUUUCAGGUUGAGAAACACUCACGUGAGGUAAACAUGCAACAGCAGGAUGUUUUAGCAGCCAGGCCUCCUCAUCUAGGCUGUGAUCUCCACAAGGUCAGAAACCAUGUCUACCUCAUUCAUUGCCUUACACCCCAGUCCUAGCUGAGCCUGAUACAGGAUGGCGCUUGAUAAAUGAGGUGUGAAUAUAAAGUAAUCCAUCUGGUCUUUUUACCACACAUACUUAAACACGAAUAACCCUCGAAGCCGCCUGCUUGGCUGCCAUUGCCUAGUUCCUUCCGCAGAUCUUCUCCAGGAAUUUCCUUUCUUCGGAAGAGUCUGCUGAAGGUGAGGGUCAUGGAUUUUAUCACCUCUACGGCCAUCCUGCCCCUGCUCUUUGGCUGUGUGGGAAUCUUCAGCCUCUUCAAGCUGCUGCAGCGGAUGCGAAUGAAGGCCUACCUCCGGAACGCUGUGGUGGUCAUUACAGGCGCUACCUCAGGCCUGGGGCGAGAAUGCGCCAAAGUCUUCUACACCGCAGGUGCCAGGCUGGUGCUCUGUGGCCGGAACCGGGAGGCCCUGGAAGAGCUCACCAAAGAACUUGCUGCCUCUCUGGCCACCAAGGUGCAGACACACAAGCCUUACACGGUGGCCUUUGACCUUGCGGACCCUGGGGCCAUAGUUGCAGCAACAGCUGAGAUCCUGCAGUGCUUCGGCUACGUGGAUGUGCUCAUCAACAAUGCUGGCAUCAGCUACCGAGGCGCCAUUGUGGACACUACCCCAGACGUGGACAAGAAAGUCAUGGAGACAAACUACUUUGGCCCAGUUGCUCUAACGAAAGCACUGCUGCCCUCCAUGAUCAAAAGGCGACAAGGCCAUAUUGUUGCGAUCAGCAGCAUCCAGGGCAAAAUCAGCAUUCCUUUCCGAUCAGCAUAUGCGGCCUCCAAACAUGCAACCCAGGCAUUCUUUGACUGUCUUCGUGCCGAGAUGGAACAGUAUGAGAUCGAGGUGACUGUCAUCAGCCCUGGCUACAUCCACACCAACCUCUCUGUAAAUGCUGUCACUGCUGAUGGGUCCAAAUACGGAGUUAUGGACAAGACCACAGCCCAAGGCCGAAGCCCCGUGGAGGUGGCCCGAGAUGUUCUGGCUGCGGUGGGGAAGAAAAAGAAAGAUGUGAUCCUGGCCGACCUCCUGCCUUCCUUGGCCAUUUAUCUGCGAACUCUGGCUCCUGGGCUCUUCUUCAGCCUCAUGGCCUCCAGGGCCAGAAAGGAGCGGAAAUCCAAGAACUCCUAGUCGCGCGUCCGAGGUGGGAUAGGGAAGCAGCACCUGCCUGGGUACAGGUGCUGGACAAGGGACAGCUGUGUUUGUUGAGACUUUACUGGAUGUUUGUCUUACGAGUGGGAAAGAUGGAACAUACAUACACUUGUCCUGAACUGAAGAUCCCUGGCUAGGCCUCUGCUAAUAGAAUGAAAACCAAAAAGGCAACAACCUUCUUCCCAGGGAUGAGGGGUAAACCUUACGGAACAAAUGUGGAGCUCAUUUUAAAGUAAGGACCUGAAAUAAAUGAAUGAGCAGUCAGAGGUGUAGUCCUCAAGGGCUGGAAAAACUAUGCCUCCUUUGAAUUCCAGCCUCCGCCAGCUCCUAGAAAGUGUUUCAGCCUUGAAAACAGAAGACAUCCUGACAUCACCUGACCCAGUUCUCAUAUUUGACUUAUCUGGACCACGUGCCUAAUUGUUUUGGCAGAGGCACCUGUAGCACUCAAGGGAGAAGGCUGUCGUAAGAAGCCAUCAUCCAUAUCCAUUUUCAGGGCUCUACAGUCCAUCAUCCAACAUGACCAAUGGGCUAAUACGCCUUCUGUCUUCCAGCAUAACCCAAGUGAUGCCGGCUUUAGUUCCUAAAAGGAAUUCCCUGUUUCCCCUGUAAACUCUCACCUCAAGCCCCGUAGACCAGGCCCCACUCCAAGCAGAAGACGAAUUUAUUAAGGAAACAGGCAAAAGGGAGAGGAAAACCCCACAUGGUCCCGUGUAUCCUCUAGGAAAGAAGACUCAGAAGCCUGGUCAGGUGGGGAGGGAUUGUAAAGCGGCAUCUGGUCCCUGGUGAGAGCAGUCAUUUGCUAGCUGUGCCUGUUGGAUGCCUGCUUCCACCUUUUUGAUUUCUUAAAAAUACAUGGUUGAGGUUCAAUGAGUGAAUCAACUUCAUAUUGAAAGUUUAGGAUGAAACUUUUCCUAUUAUUGAGGCUGAAAGUGGAAAUUGUGGGUGUAUUGUAUGACUUUCCCAACUUGGAAUAAAAAUCUUGCAUAUCAUA